ACGUGACGAGUCGGCGUUCGCGGCGAUUGGUCGGUGCGGUCGGCGUAGCCUGCGUUGGCGGGCGAUUAGCCAAUGGGGAUCGCCGUCUCUGCCGCUGUUGUUGGCGGGGUUGGGGGGGGCGUCUCUGGGCCUUCAUCCAGCAGUGGAUCGACGGCCGAGACCCCAAACAGACGCAGGGAGACCUCCACUCGAGGAGAUGGAGCGAUUAAUUCGGCUCCUGUGCGUGAGCUAGAGGCUGGCGGGCGGGUGAUGGAACUGUUCGUAUCGGUGAGAGGCGGCACGCCCGCGUGCGGAGGAGGCCCUGCCAAGGACACCUCGAGGAGGAGGCCUUGUUCACCAGAACCUUCUCGCCACCUCCCAGCCACGUCCCUCCACACCAGCACGGCUCCAGAGUGCCUUGUGAGAUCAGUGUCAUCAUCCAGCCCCUCUGUCACCUCCACCCUCGUCUUCUCUUCACCUCCCACCCACCCAACUUCCUUGGCCAGUCCUUCUCAAGCAGCGCAACUCCCCAGAUGUUCAGCGCAUGACGCAUGUGUCCCCCUCACGCCUCCCUCAUCUUCUCUUCCCCCUCUUCUGCCAGUCCUCUUCCAUCUCCUUCACAUAUUUUCCUCCUCAGGAAUCAUCACUCCUCCCCUUCCUCUUUAAUCUUCUGUAAUCAUCACUCCCUUCUCCUGCUGCGAUUACUGCCUUCCCCAUCUUCAUAACCGCCACCGCCGCCUCCUCCCUCCUGCACGUCGCCGCGAGCAAUGGCCGAGCAGGAGCGACCGCAGGCGCUGUCGGUGGUGACCCAGCUGCGCGACCUCGCGUCGGAGCCGCAGAACCGCGAGGUGAUCGUCAGGGACCACGGCUGCCUGCCGGGGCUCGUCCUCUUCCUCGACCACCACGACGCCGACGUUGUGUUUUCGGCGCUGCAGGCGCUGAGGUAUUUGGCGGAGAGUGCGGCCAACCGGGAGAGGAUGCGCAGUGAGCUGGGCAUGUUGCUCAGCCUGCAGAACAUCAUCGACAAGAAGGAGCGCUUGCACGAAGCCGGCUCCCUGGCCGCCGAGAUUCACGAGCUGCUCACACGCCCGGCCGGCGCCACCACGGCGGUGCCGGGGGGAGGAGGCGGCGGGGUGACGUCGCGCCCCCGCAAGGGACAGUUCUUCCUGGGCAACACCAACAAGAAGGCCAAGGUCGUGACGCUGCACAUCGACGGCCUGACCGACGGGGGCCGGCGCAGCUUGUGCGAGGACGCCCUGCUCAAGGUGAGAGGCGUCAUAAGCUUCACGUUCCAGAUGGCGAGCCAGCGCUGUGUGGUGCGCAUACGCACGGAGCUCAAGGCGGAGUGCCUGGCGUCGGCGAUUGCUGCCACGAAGGUGAUGUCGGCUCAGCAGGUGAUCAAGAACGAGAGCGGAGAGGAGGUGCUGCUGUCGCUGGAGCAGUGCUCCGAGGGGCUGGAGGAGAACGAGGAGCUGCCCGACUACCUCCCCGAAGAGGAGAGCCCCGUGCGGCAGAACGGGCGCGCCGUGUCGCGCGUCGGCGCCAAGAAGGACGCCGGCGGCAGCUGGCUCAGCUCGGCCGCCAGCUUCCUCACCAAAUCCUUCUACUGGUGACGCCGGCAGCAAGACCACGGCGACGGUGACGCCACGCCGGAGCCACGGCAACGCGACGGGAAGCACCGCAAGGCUUGGCCGCACGCACCGCGCCGAAGGAGAUGGGCGGCGUGAUGGCGGACCAGAGAGAGCCCGGUUGAUGUUAUUAUAAUUAUUAUUGGUGUCAGUUUUUUUUUAAUUCCUUGGUUAAACACGACGACCGGGGUUCAUUGUACAGCCGGGGGUCCGUUUUAGGUCGACGAACUGGAAAAUAUUUUUCUCCACCCAAAACACCGCAUCCAGUAUAUCUUUCUCUCGCUAUGGGCCGUGGCUACUACUCCUAACAACUGCUAGUCGCGUGCCAUCGCCUGCAGUCUACCCGGCAUGGACCCAGCAAAUAUUUUGGUGAGAUUAUCAGCCCGGUGAAGUCCAUGAUCGGACCUUCGGAACUUUUUUUUAAUGUCCCGCCGACAAGAAUUGCACGCUCGCGACGUCGAAAACUGAUGAGGAUGACAACGACGACGACGAUGACUGCGGCGACAAAAAUAAUCACUUCGCUCCUGCCAAGUCGGCCUUACCCAUGCGGCGACGGGAGCUUUGGGCGUGGCACGUCGUCGUGAAGUUUGGGCCACCGGUAAACUUGAGACGGCGCCCUGGCGUGAGAGACCUCUCCUACGCGAAGCGUCGAGCUCACACGGUUGCUAACGGAGCGGCUGGAAAAGCACAACUACGGAGGCCACUGAUGUCCACCGCCGCCGCCACCACCAAUGCACCCCGAGGAGCGAGUGGCAGGAUCGGACUCCGGCCGGCCACGGAAAAUUUUAAGUAACAAUAAGUUCACGGAAUGGCCUGAGCCAGUGGUGGAAAUUACACUUUCCCGUAACGGGGUCCAGUAUAUACACACACACAUUAACACAAACAUCAGCUUCCCAAAUGGUGCAGUACUCGUUGAAUCACCCCCUCUAGGAGAGACGAUGGUGGCGUGUCUGCCUCCGGCCGGGGAGUCGACACGCGCGAGUGUUGGGAUCACGGUGACGCGCGGAUCGAUAGAAUAAAACUGCUUUGAGCGAUUCGCAAAAGGGUUUUGAGAACAACGCUAAUAGUAUUGUUAUUGUUGCACCUGAGUAUUUUUGUUUGGUGGCAGCGUUUUGUUUGUUACAUUUAGUUGUAUUGUUGGCACGCCUAGCUUCUUAGGAGGAAGAGGUGUGGGCGUCGUUAUUGUUGCUGGCAAAAGGUGCGGGGUGGUGAAGUUGGCGAGGGCGCGACGCGGCGGUGUCGAGCCCAUCUGUAUUCUAAGAAUAAAAAACGGAAGCUGCUCCGUUGUGAAGAUGGGCGCUGCCAAACCACGCCCCGCUCUAAGCGGCCUGGAGCCAGCCUGCGCCCCGUAAUUUGCCGCCUGACGGGGAAAAAAAUCCCUCCGGUCCGCCGCUCAACCGAACCAGCCCGGCUCGGCAGGCCCCGGUAUUGUUUUUGUUCCACUGCGGGAGCCGAGCCAAGCCGCCGACGUCGGACGCGGCGAACGAGCGGAGACUCGCGCGCGUGCGUGUGUGUGUGUGUGUGGGGGUAAGCGCCUUGCAAUAAGGUGCUGUAGAAUCCUGUGUAAGAUAAGAUGAGGUGACGUGGUGACACCACGCCGGCACGGCGUACCGAACGACGUCGCGUGCGGUGGAUGCGGCUUCAACCUCGCCCAUUGCCCUGCUCGGCCCCUCGUCAGAUUCGCAUGUCUUGUCCGUGAGGCUGUCCUUUCGCGGUUUGGUUCUGGCUCCGCCGCGCUGGCUCGGCUCGGAUGUGCCAGUGGAAAAAGGGGACGAGUAACCCGGCCGACGAGCGCAUUGUUGCAGAUGGAAGGUCUGCUUCCCAGUGGAGCAUGUUGCCUUCGUACCGCGUGCGUCUGUGGGGGGGGGGUGGGGGGGGGUGUGGAUGCGUCCCUGGUGGUGACAUUUUUUGGCAAACGACAUUUCAUGGGUUUUUUUUGGCCCAGGAGACUCCAAAUGGCGGCCCGAGUGGUGGCUGCCGCCGAACCGUCCACUGAUCCUCUCCAUGUUUUCCGUUGCCGAAAGUUCACUCAUCUCUGGGCGGAUUAUCCGAGCGGCUGGAUUAGCCGUGCUUGCAAAACACACAUCGGAUCAAAUAUCUAUUGACUCGAGCGGAGGCUUCAUUGUGAGCGGCUCCUCACUCGCCGAGCGUCAGCGACUCGUUACCCGCCACCUCCAUCCCCACGUGGCCUCAAACACGUCGGCGAGUUAACCCGUCGCGCAAUAUAAACGGACGCAGGUACGAUCCACUCUUCGCCCCCAUUCUACGCCGAUAAACAAUCACUUUGUUCCGUGGCCUAAUUUACAAAUGUGUUGAAUUAUCCGUGGUCUUUUUUAUGUUUGUGUCACCACUCCAAAUUAUCCCAGAUAAUCGAGAGUCCACUUUUGAGCUGGCGUCGCACAAACGAAAUCAAAUUGGUGAACAAGGUCGCCGUUGAUUUUAUUUUAGCACAAUUCACUCGUGCAGAACAUUAUUUGGUGGGGCGGUUAUCGUCUCGUCAAGCCAGAGUUGGCCGCUCGACAAUGUCUGACGUGGAAAAAAACUUAACUUGCCCCCAAAUCGAAUCUUGGGUGGACAAGGGGGGGGGGGGGGUGUGGAGCAGACCUGGUUCGGAUUUCACUCCGUGCCACCGAUGUUGGCCGUGGCCGGGACUCGGAACUCGGGUCGCUGGGUCGGUAUCGCGGUUGCGUUCACCACCAACGGCACCGCCGCUCCACCCAUGGUGUCUGUUCGGGAGAUGGCAACAGUGGCAGGCUUCUCGGCCGGUAACGUCAUAUGGGCAUUUGUUGAUGAUAAUUAAUCGCCAAAAAAAUAUGCAGAGCUUUAUCAACAUAAGAUUUUUGUGGUUUAUUUGCAAUGAUCUGACACUUGUGUAGCUAGCGUUUUUGUGAAUUCACCGUGUGCUAUGCAUAUGCAAGCUUUACGCUGUAUACUUGAUGAUGAUAUCUAUGCUUGACCGCAUGGUUAUUAUCAAAAAACAUAAUCUACUUAAGAGCCUAAUAACUUUGGUGUGCGCCUUGUGUACGACCGGUUAAGUGCCCUCUUACCUCUGACUAAAAGUCUCGGAGCCAUGUGAGUCACGUGUGGUGGUGGUGUUGGCAAAUGGUUCCUUUCCGUCCCUAGUUUUGGCGAAAUGUUUGAUGACAUUUCCAUGAACGUCGCUGUCGGCUCUCCAGACGGCGUACGUCCCCAGAGCUCCCUCUCGGGACAAGCUCUUCUCCUACCACCAUCAUGUCUAUCUUUGUCUUCCUCUUGCCUUUACCCCCCCCCCCCUCUCCAAGGAUGAUGAGGCGUGGCUGUAGGGCCCCAUGUGAGCUUUCUACUUGUAGAUGCCACCUUCCUCGAACUAAGUCCAGCAUUGACGUUUUGCAAUAUUCAUAAUGUCCCAUAAAUCAUAACUUGUCAUCCUUGGUCCUGCCCAUCCUAUUCUCUCAAAAUCCUCUGAAGACGGCGACGCUUAACCACGAUGGAGAAAUUAUGAUCGUGUCGGCCGGUGGUUCCCAACAAUUCCUGGACCGGCGUAUCGCCGUCGGCCCUUCAACAAUUUUCGCAGACCACCAUGCACCAGUCACGUGUAUUUUUCGAAAAUUAAACCCGCGCGCGCGCACGUUGUACGUCACGUGAACAACCAAUGCCAGCAGUUGGCGGAUAUUUAAGUCGUGGAUACAAUCACGACAGUUGUGCAAUGCGCGGCAAGCAUCCGGUGGUUUGUUAAACUGACUCGUGCCUGCAACCAGUUUCUGGGGACCACCUCGCGUGGCAUUGCGGACCUCGUGUCCGGCACCACCGGGCUAGAGACAAUGAGAUGCAAUGUUUAUUUGUAUUUCUAAAUCGGCUCAAGCCUCCCGUAUAUCACGUGACUUACGUGUGCCCCCCACCACCACCACUCUGGGUCCCUCUCCCCGCCCUCUUUGGAAACAGACGCCGCGUGUCCGCUUCUUUUCUCUCUCGUCUCCCUCGCUUUUCUCCUCCUCACCAUCAUCAUCACCCUCUCAUCUGCCCCUCCUCUCCCUGCCGCUCAUCUGAAGCAGUGCCCUGCUCUUUGUCCGUCUUGGUGGGGACUUCCGUCCCGGCCUUCCUCCUCCCCCUCUCGCGCGAUCCAUUCACUUUUUCCAUUCAUUGCAUCCACGACUCUUGCUCCCCCUGUCCCCGUGGUGGAGCCAGGGGGUUAAACCCCUUGAGUUGAAAUAAAAAUGCGAAUCUGGCUCCAGAAGUAUCUUCCCUGUUCAAACAAGCGAUGGAGUUGAGCCGAUGGAUCUUCUGUGCGAGCCAGCGGUGGGAUUGUGCAAAAAUCAGGAUAGGUUUUACCCUUGCCAGAAAGGGUAAAACCUAUUCUUAUUCUUCAUACUUUGAUACUGGCAAAAAGGUCCCAUACAGUGAUGGGAUGUUCCACAUUGACAUGCCGGAGCUCAGUCCAUCCACAGGCUGCGAGAGGAGAACGGGUGGUAUGGGGGGGGGGGGGGGGUGUACACCCCCAACCUAGCUCUGAGACUUGCGACGUGACCCGCCCCUCGACUGUGAAUGACCUGAGUUCAAUCUGCGGUUGCGUUGUAACAUCGUUAAGUCUCCCUCUACCCAAGCAUGGAACUCAUCGCUUCUGCUGCUGCUUUCUGCGAUGUCUGCACGCCUUCGCUGUCGCGAGUAUCCCAGAGACGGGAGAGUGCCUGUUUUAAACCUCACACAAAAAACACUCGGUUUUUUUUCCUUCCCAAAUAAACUUUAAGCAAUAA